CACGGGUAUUCAGUGGUCUUUUAUUCACAUUAAACCAGCACUAUAUUUAUCUAACACCCCGAGACGCAGUUUGAAACGGCCCGCGCCCUUUCACACUGUUUCACUUUCGGCUUCUCCUCGGGACUUUCCAGUCUGCUGGGAACCAUGGACAGUAAAUUAGAUAUUCCUCUUCAUGGGUCUUCACUCAACAUUGUGCAACAGUGUGCACCAGCUCUGAGUGAUAUCCUUCAAAGCAAAUUUGGAUGUGUGGCCAUCAUCGAUGGUGUGGAUUUUGAAAGAGAUCCGAGCAUUUCACAGCAGAGAGGGCAAACCUUUGUCCAAGAGAACAGGUUUACCACCACACUAAAGGGAGGUGUUCAGUUGUCUGUGUGGAAGGCUGAUCUCACCUAUUUCAAGGUGGAUGCUGUUGUUAAUGCUGCUAAUGAAAAUCUAAUGCAUGGUGGUGGCCUUGCUUUUGCUUUGUCUAAAGCCGGCGGUCCACAAAUCCAAAAAGACAGUGAGGAUUACAUCAAAAGGUGCGGUAUCUUGAAGACAGGAGAUGCAGUUGUCUGUGAUCCUGGGCUUCUACCAUGCAAGAAGAUCAUCCAUGCUGUGGGCCCACGCGUACCAUAUUGUCCCACUCGGUCUGAAGUUUCGAAGGCUGAACCCCAGUUGGAGAAGACCAUCAAGAGCAUUCUUGACAAAGUUGAGAAAUACAAUCUGAAGUCUGUUGCCAUUCCAGCUAUAAGCUCAGGAAUCUUCAACUUCCCCCUGCCUGAAUGCGCGAGCAUCAUAGUGAAAACGGUUAAACGCUACUGCGAAAGCUCCUACUCAGGACAGCUCCCGAAAGAGAUCCAUCUUGUGAACCAUGACGAGCCUACGGUCAAAGAAAUGGAGAAGGCCUGUUCUCAGAUAUUAACCAACACAAAAGGCCCAGGUGGUGCCAAAGGCUCAGCACCUACUGUCCAGAUUGGAAAUGUCCACCUGACACUGAAGAAGGGUAAAAUAGAGGAACAGCAGACAGAUGUCAUCGUAAACACUGCAUCAUCACAGCGAAACUUGGACAGUGGACAAAUAUCCGGUGCUUUAUUGAGCAGAGCUGGAUAUGGAAUGCAACAAGAAAUGUAUCGCGCUCCUUCCCCGACUGGACAUGUGAUCAUCACAGAUUCCUACAAUCUGCAAUGUAAACAAGUGUAUCACACUUUCUGCACUGAUAAGGGGAUAACCUCAGCGCAGCAGGCGGCAGCAAAGCAGCUUCUUUUCAAUUCAGUAUCGGAAUGCUUAAGGACAGCAGUCACCAAACACCGGUCAAUCGCUUUUCCGGCCAUCGGCACUGGAGCCCUCGGAUUCAGUAAAAAUGAAUCUGCCAAAGUCAUGUCAGAUGCAUUGGCCGAAUUUGCCAAAAAGUGCCCAAAGAAGAUGGAAGUUUCUUUUGUCAUAUAUCCUUUUGAUGACGAGACAUUUAAGGCUUUUGAGGAACGAAUGGUCUAUCUCCAACGAAAAGCAUCAGAUCAGAGCUUUGUACAUGUGGAUGUAAAGAUGUCGUCUCCACCUGAGCACAGAGAUGACCUCCAUGGCAGCAGAGCUCCCAAAACUCCACAGAUCAGCCUGCUCGGCCCUUCUGAUGAAACAACACGCGAGGCUAAACGGUGGCUUAACGGUCUUCUCUCCAAUUCCUCUGGCACUGUCGAUAUCUCCAACAACUUCGUCCUGCACUUCGGCGAGAAGGAACAUCAGCAGCUGUCUCGUCUGAUGAAAAAGGGCAAUUUCAUUGAGGAGUUCUUUGAGAAAGGUCAUGCAAGAAUUACUGUAAACGGGGGUUCAGAAAAUGCUGUAGUUGCUGCGUUGCAGGUGGAGGCCAUGCUCUGCACCAUCCAGAAGCAGUUUGUCACAGAGGAAGAGGGUGGCAUGCUUCCUGGUGUGUCGACUGAGACUGUGCCCUUCAAAAGAGAAAUAGCUGACAGCUCAGAAAAGAAGGAAAGACCUGAUUCCAAAAAGGCUGGGCUGCAGAUAUUAAAGGUGGAAAAAGUGGAAAACACUGCACUGAAGACGCGCUUUGACCUUAAGAAAAACCAGCUCCACAUACCCACUAGUCGAAAGAUGUUUCAACGCAUACCUGCGCAGUUCUGUGAGAUGGUUUGCCGCAUUGGAUUCCACGCAGAGUACGCACCACCUGAUGACCCAGCAUAUGGAGAGGGCAUCUACUUUGCCGGCUCCGUGAAGAAGGCCUUGGAAGUGUGGAAGAAGCAGAAUGGGCUCAAGGAGGAGUAUCUGUACUUUGUGGAGGCCGAGGUGCUGACAGGAAACAGCACCCCUGGUAGACCAGGUAUCAUUAUGCCCCCUGCUGGGGAGAAAGAGUCACAGUAUCACAGCGUGAGCGGAAAAGAUGAUGUCUCUGUCAUAUUCAGUGGCUAUCAAGCUCUGCCCAAAUACAUAAUCACCUGUAAGAUGGGUGAAAAGUGACUUCACUGUGUCCUCUAGGUUCAUUGUGUUUUGUGGAACAGAUACAAAUGUAAAAACGUUUACAGAGCUAGAGGACAAUAGGAAGUUAGAUUCUUCUGGAACAGGCUCUUGAUGUGUGUUUAUUAUUAGAAAGAGAUGGCUGUUUGCAUUACUCCAUCAACUCAUAUAAAAGAGACCAUCAUUUUAGUGUUUGCUUAUAUUCAGCUUGAAAAAUUGUUAUUUUAGUUUAUUUUUGGGUGAACAUAUAUUUCACAUAGAGGCACAAUCCUUUAUAUAUCAAUCAAAGAGUAAACUUGCAUUGUCUUAUUACAAUAUUAUGGUUUUGUCACCAGAUGAGUCAUUUAUUUAGUGGUAAAUAAUUUAGGGAUGGGAAUUGAUCAGCUUCUAUUGGUAGAAAUGCCAUUAUUAAUUUUGCUUGUGGGUCUGACUCUUUAUUGAUUUCCUCAUUGAUUCUUAAACAAAUUUCCGUGGGAAAAAAGCAAGGCCAACAUCAGGGGCUACUGUUUUAUUGACUCUUUAGUCUAAUCCAGUCUACAAGUGUAGAUUCAUUUGUUUUCAUUUAGGUUUUUUUAAAUCCAGUUUUCAUCUUUCUUUGUCACAUGAAGCUAUGCUUUGAAACAUUACUUCCACUCCACCAUCACUACUUCUUGUUACAGGUUUCCAGCAGCAUAGAUGCAUGAGUUUGACAUUUAUUGGUUUGCAAUGAGAAAGAAAAACAUGCUGGUAUUAAUAAAAGUCACUGAUAAGCUCAGAGGCAUAUGAUUCCAAUGAAUCAGACCAUAUCAAACUGGUUCAAAGCUGGAACCUGUUAUCAUUUUCAAUCCCUAGAUAACAUAUAUGUCAACAUUAUUAGAGCAACAUAUUGUACAGAUGAUUGUAAUCUGACAUAUCUAAUUUCAUUUUGUUUCGAGAAAAACAAAUAUAACAGGUGGAAAUCUUAAUA